GUGGCUGGCCAGUGGGCCAAUGGCGGCCAACGCCACUUCCGGUCGCCCUCCGAGCAUCGCUCUCCGGCAACCCGAAGCCGCGGGAAGGAGGAGGGGGAUCCCAGCUAAGGCAGCGACUAAGGGGACCCGAGGAGAACGGGAGGGCGACGUCCGGAGCGGCGGCAGAGCCACGGGACGCUGUGUGAGGCUGGCAAGGCGGUGUUCACCUAGUUCUUUCGGGCUCCGCCGCCGCCGGUGGAGAACACGAGGCCAGCAUUGCGACCCCCAAAUCUCCUCCUCAGGAUCUGACCUCAGUCUCCUAACCCCGCAACUUCCAUCCCGGCCUUGGAAAAUCCCGCGAGAACGGGCUGCCGAAUUGUCACUGGGAUAUCGCGAGAACGCAAUCUUCCUUUCCGUGGGCGGAGCCAUCUUCCCGAUGUCUCGCCCCAGGAGGCCUGCAGCAGGAAGGGCCGCGGGAGUUGCGAGUGUCGCGAGGUUUGAGGUCAGAAGUACUACUGGGUGUCACCCUAGCUGCACUCCUUUCUGGAGACUCCACAGGACCAUCCUUAGCUUGCCUUCGCCAGCUUCUGUCAACAUUUCGUUGCCUUUGGCCCCUUCCUGCAUCUUCAAAGCCAGUGACGUGCCAUCUCCGACCCUUCCAUCCUCAAGUCUACCGCUGAUGGCAGCUGGAAAAGAUUCUGAGGGCUCACCUGAGCAAUCCAGAAUCAUCUUCCCAUUUCCAGGCCUCUGCCCUUGAUCACAUCAGCGGAAUCCUUUUGCCAUGUGCUGAUAUUGUGAACAUCUACCACUGUCAGUCCAGUCACUUCAAAGUUAAAUUGAAUAUCUUGUAAAAUAUUACGGAAUUCCUGUAGUUAAUAUGUGUGAUGUUAGAUAAAUCACAUAAAUGAACUGAAUCACAUACAAAACUUUUGGCAAAGGAGGAUCUAGCAAAAAUUAAGCCAAUUAUAACUACAGAAGAGAAAAAAAACACAGAUGGUGAUAACACAGCCAUUUCAAAAGAGGCUCAUGGAAGGAAGGUUAAACCCACCAGUAAUUUGCCAAAAAAUAGUCUCUCUUUAUCUUCAUACUACAGGAGUCAAAUAUGUAUCUGUAUGUGGUUGACAGCUCUCCAGAAUUGUGAGUUAAUGUAGCAAAAAGGCUCCAGGAAAAAUAGAUGUGAAACUCUUAAGACAACGCGAGAAAUUAAGUCUUUGAGUUUCAGUUAGAUGAUUUUAGGUUGCAGCAUUUCUCCAUUCAUGCAUUGUUCCAGCCAAUGGAAAAAAAAAGAAGAAGGAAGCAAAGAUGAGUGAAGGCAAGAGAAAGAAGAUAAAAUAGAUCUGUCCUUCCUUGCCACAAAUAACCUAAAUCUUAAAGUUUAAAACUCAACGUUGCACAACAAUGUGAACAUACUUAACACUAUUGAACCAUACACUUAAAAAUGGUUAAGAAGGUACAUUUUAUAUAAUGUGUUCUUUCUUACCACAAUUAUGAAGCAAAACACAGCAAAAAAGCUCCGGCCAAAGAAAGAAAAAUUUGAGGCUUGAACGAGGUAUAGUGAAAGAUAUAUAGAGUAAGUGUUAGAAUAUUCAGCAACACCAUUUUUACUUCAUAGACUCAAUAGACUCAAAUAAUAGAACAUUUAAUACCUCAUGUCAGAUAAGUAUAAAAAUCCUGUAACAAAACACCAAGAACUACUGGUUGAAAUAUGUUUAUAAAAACUCUCAAGAUGUAAAAGCCAAUGCUUAUACACUGUUGAUGGGAAUGUAAAUUAGUACAACCUCUAUGGAAAACAGUAUGGAGAUUUCUCAAAGAACUAAAAAUAGAAUUACCAUUUGAUGCAGGAAUCCCACUACUGAGUAUCUAUCCAAAGGAAAGGAAAUCAUUAUAUUGAAAAGACACACACACUUGUAUGUUAUCACAGUGAAGUUCACAAUAACAACAUCAUGGAAUCGAUCUAAGUGUCUAUCAAGAGGUGACUGGAUAAAGAAAAUGUAGUAUAUAAACACCAUGGAAUAUAAUGCGGCCAUAAAAACAAAGGAUUAAACCAUGUCUUUUGCAGCCACAUGGAUGGAGCUGGGCGCCAUUAUUCUAAGCGAAAUGACUCAGAAACAGAAAAUCAAAUACCACGUGUUCUCACUUAAAAAUGGGAACUAACUAAUAGGUACAUAUGGACAUGCAGAAGGAAAUAAUAGACACAGAGGACUCCAAAAGUGGGUAGGAUGGGAGAGAGGUGAGGGUUGAAAAAUUAUCUAUUGGGAACAGCGUUCACUUUUUGAGUGAUGGGUACAGUGGAAGCGCAAACCUCACCAUUAUGCAAUAUAUCCAUGUAACAAACCUGUACUAUACCCUCUGAAUCUAUAAACAUUUAAAAAAUAAAAAAUAAAUCUCAAAAUACAUAGCUGAGCUUUCAAGAAGUAUGUGAAAUACUCUUAGACCAAAAAGAAGGAAGGAACUGAAAACUAGUUUAUUAAGAUGGCACUUAUACCACUCCUUUCCUGGACACAUUUGUCUGGCUCAGUUACAAAAAGGUCUGGAUUUUAACAGUCUUCUGAGAGCAGAAGACAUAGUCUUAAGCUCCCACAACGUCCCACAUUGAAACGGAGCCUCUCAUUUGAAAUCAGCUUGCAAGGUGAGCUAGAAGAAAAAAGUCUGGACAGCAGAAAAGGAGGAGGAUGAAGAAGGAUUUGUCUGUCUUGGCAUGGGACUUUUGAAGGGGUAUUGUUAAUUCCGUCUGAAAUGUUGAAACCACAGCUAUGCCCUCAAAUUUAGGAUUUGAAUGUAUACAGUCUGCAUUACCUAGGAAACCCCAAGCCAAGAUAGUAGCGUAAUGUAGUGCCCGGUUAAUUGCAUCUAGGUUGCUAGAAAGAAGCACGCACAUCCUUUCUAGAGGGAAACGUUAAAACAAGGACUCCUCGGAAUUUCUGGAGAUAAAGUCCCAUCUAACAAUUCACAACCCUAAAGCUGCAAAACAUACACAGAAACAAGCCAUCAUGAACAAGGGCCAGGAGAGAAAACAAACAACAGAAAUAGAGCCCUAGAAAUUUUAGCUAAUCGAAGUACUCGAUAGAAGGGGGUUUAUAAAGUGUGGUUAAAAUACAUGUUGAUAUUUUUAAAAACUGAACUGAAAACUUAAGAAAGGAAACAAGGCAUUGUUAAAACAGAUUUUUUAAAAAGAACCAGAACUUCUUAAAAUAAAAUUGAUUAUUGAGAUGGAAAACUCAAUGGUAACUUAAAGAGCAAAUUCAACAUACCCUACUAGAGAAUUUGCGAACUGAAAGAUCUAAAUAAACAAUCCAAAAUGCAGGACAAAAAGGCCAAGUAGAAAACAUAAGAGAAAAGUUGAAAGAAAUGGAGGCUAGGAGGCAAAAAAUGAAAGAGUUGGGGUAGCUCAAAAUAUUAAUAUUAUACAAAACAAGCUUUAAUGCAAAAAGCUUUAGGGACAAAUAAAUUAACUACAUAAAUGAUAAAUGGCUUUUUUUUUCUUUUUGGAUAUGGAGUCUUGCUCUGUUGCCCAGGCUGGAGUGCA